GGUAGCAAGGAUAUAAAAGCAGUGACACAACAGGCUCUAUCCUCAAGGAGCUUAUAUUCUACUGGAGAUAUAUGACAUGUAUACAAAAUACAAGGAUGCCCUACAAAGUUAUCACAGGGACUGGAGCUCAGAAUUGGUGGCAGGUCAUACUCUGCGAAAGGCUGGAAGAAGCAGGUCCUGUUCACGGGAAAAAAAGGAGGGUUAUACUAAAGACAUGGUGACGGACUUUGAUGAAAAACAUGAUGAGUAUUUAAUACUGCUUCAGCAGAGAAAUCGGAUAUUAAAGCAUUUGAAAACUAAGGACCCCAUGCAACUAAGACUAGAGCACUUAGAACAAGGAUUUUCUGUUUAUGUUAAUGGAGCUAAUUCAGAGCUGAAAACCUCUCCAAGAAAGGCCAUUCUUCCAGAUUUCCCCAGGAGUGCUUCACAUGCAGAAGGAGCACAUGAUUCCGGAAGGAGAACUUUAUUUAGAGAGACAGAAGAAGCACUAAGACGUGGUUCACGGACAGCACCUUGCAAAGUUCAGCGCAAAGGAUGGCACCAGAAGUCUGUACAGAUUAGAACCGAAGCUGGACCUCGACUCUACCUUGACCCUCCUCCUGACUCUGCUGAGGAUUUUGAAAGACACCAGCGUGUGAACAUCAAGACAAAGGAUAUUCCUAGGGAUUUUCCCCAGAAUCCCAGUUAUCCCACCAACAGCACUCCCUGUGAUUUUAAUUUUUCCCUUCUGAAUACACAUGGACAAUCAGACCCCCACAGCGAUGCAGACAAAGAAAGGAUACUCUUAACUAUUCAUGAUGUAAUGGAACUAAGAAAAAGCCUGGAGCUUAGUGUAAAUCUACAGAAAAAAGAAAAAGACUGUUCCAGUGAAGAUUAUGACUCUAUUGAAGAGGACUUAUUCACAGAACAGGUGCCAGAGGAUAAGACCCUAGACUCUUCUGGAGAUGACCUUCCACUUGCUGGAAGUGACUCUGUCCUGGAAGAAGCUCCCAAGGAUCAGGAGGCGAAGGAAUUCAGUACUGAAUGCUCAAACACACUCAUUGUACUGGAAUUGAAUCCAGCUUCCAAACAUAAAAGGGAAAGAAAUCUGUCUGCCAAGCGCAAGGAGAAUGCUGAGCUCUUUAUUCCAACCAAGCCAGACACAGCCCAAGGUCGAGGAGAUCGCCAGCAAUGUGCUGCUUUACAGGACCAAGAAAAAUCCUACUCUAGACCAGGAAGCCGAAAAGAGAGGCCUCUAUCUGCCACACGAAAGAACAUAUGUAAGGAUGAAGAUCCUGAAGAAGAUGCCUCAGCUGUCCUCAGGGCUAUACAAGUCGAAAAUGAAACUUUACAAAAGGAAAUCAUUAGCAGAAAGGCAGACACUCUGGCUAGCCAACAAAAGGAAGAGGAGGAUCCACCAGUGAAAUCUUGGGCUAAUCUUCUGAAGGAAGUGGAAGAAUUCCCUUUUACUGCCCUUGAUGUGCCUCCUCCUGACCUUUCCAUAGCCAGUGUUGUAUCUGAGCCAUCCGAAACUUCAGGGGGUACAAAUGCAGUCACGGAAGCAAUAGAAAGAAUUGGUCUUCUGGGAAGCAGGCAACAGAAGAAGCUUCUGAAAGUCCUUCAGGCGAUUGAAAAUGACCCUGCCCAUCUCAGUCAUGUAGGACCUGAGGAACCUGUAUCAUAUCUUGAGAAUACAUUGAAAUCCAAAGUAGAAGAGAUCAAAGAUGCUAUUUAUGUGACCAUGGAAAUUCUGUCCAACUGGGGAAAUGAGGUCUGUGUAGGUCUGACAGAAGUGGAAUUCUUUGACCUCAACAAUGAAAAGGUGUUUGUGUCACCUCAUGAUGUGGAUAUCCGAAAUACUGACAAGCCUGGGGACCUGAGCUGCCUCAUCAAUAGAAACCUGACUAGUACUAAAGAGCUCUCUUUGUGGACCUGUCCUUUCCACCCUCCAGUUCAGCUUUUCUUUAUCAUCCGCAAUACUAGACAAUCCCAUGAAUUUGGCAUCUCCAAAAUCAAGCUUUGGAAUUACUGGACAACUUACAGUGAUCUUGACAUAGGUGCAAAAAAAGUGAAGCUUUAUGUCAAUGAAAAUCUCAUAUUUGAUGGAGAGUUAGAAAAAGGCAGUGGAGAGCUGGUUGCUGGAUGUAGCACCGUAGUUGACCUUAAAAAUGAUGGACGGGAAAACUCUACAAAUCCUAAUAUGGAGGAAAGCAAAGACACAUGCCAGACUAUUAGCAUAGAUGGUGACAAGGAAUUCAGUUUCAGUUAUUCACAGUCAGAUAGAACCUUAUCAGGUAUCUUUGGUAUAAAGAUGGCCUCUACUAAUUGCACAAAGGACAAUUUGUCUAAGUUAGAGGAGGACUUGAAAGUGUUAUCUGCUCCUGUCUCCAUGGUUGAUGUACCAAGUGACCCUCAAGAAUCCUCUCUUGUGAAAUACCCUUCUGAUGAUGAACUUACCAUCACUGAGCAAUUAGAAAAAUUCACUGGCAGAAAAGUCUCUCAGCCUCUUAGUAAAACCCCGCCUUGGUUACAGUCUUUUUCCAAAAUGAAAGAUAAGAAGCCAGAGAGCAAGAAACAGAAACCUCCUUGGCUGAGUCCGGAGGAGCCUCUUGAUUUGAAAGUCAAACUACAGUCAGAUGGCAUCAUUAAUGAAUUUCCUGCAGAAAAUGAAGAAAAUGACAAAUGCCUACAAUGGGAACAAGGACGAGCCAGUAGCCGUAAUGCCAUUGCAAGUGACAGGCCACAGGCAAGAGCUGAGAAAGAGGCCACUGAUGACUUAGACAUUUUUGACCUACUUUCUAAUAAGGAUCGCUGUGGCCCAGAGCACCCUAUCAGCGGGAGGAGGAGUUCCAGAAAGGAUGCUUUCAACAGAAAUCAUGGAGAUGAAGGUCUGACCAAUACAGAGGACACCUUUCCCGUCAUGUCUACAAAGAUGGCUCGAUCUAGGUGGCACAGUGAACAAGAACAUACUCUCCAAGAGUCCUGGAACUCCCUCACUGCCUUCAAUCGUUCUCACCGGGGUCGCAUAUCCAAUAUGGAAUUUCAGGGCGAUAUCUUUGAUGAAUUCCUACAGCAGCAAAAGAUUAGUAGACAUGGGGAACAGCCAAUGACAAAGGAAGGAAAACAGGAAUUGUUAAAAGGGCAGGAAGAUAAUUCCAUAGAUACAGAUGAUGAGAAUGAUUUUAAAAUUCCAGUGUUGCCUCACGGACAACAUUUAGUUAUUGACAUCAAAUCAACCUGGGGAGACAGACACUAUGUUGGUCUUAAUGGAAUUGAAAUUUUUAGCUCCAAAGGAGAGCCUGUACAAAUUUCUAACAUAAAAGCUGAACCCCCUGAUAUUAACAUUUUACCAGUCUAUGGCAAAGAUCCUCGUGUAGUAACCAACCUAACUGAUGGUGUGCAUAGGACCCAAGACGAUAUGCAUCUUUGGCUGGCUCCAUUUACCCCUGGCAAAUCUCACUAUAUUUAUAUUGACUUUGUACAGCCUUGCCAGGUUGCCAUGAUUAGAGUUUGGAAUUAUAAUAAAUCACGGAUACAUUCUUUUCGUGGAGUAAAAGACAUCAUGAUGUUAUUAGAUGAACAGUGCAUAUUUAAAGGAGAAAUUGCCAAGGCUUCAGGAACACUGACUGGAGCCCCAGAGCAUUUUGGAGAUACUAUAUUAUUCACAACUGAUGAUGAUAUUCUUGAGGCCAUAUUCUGUGCUGAUGAGACAUUUGAUGUUGAUGUUGAAACCCUGUGCAGUCUGAGAUAUGAAGAAGAAUUCAAGAGACCACAGACAGCAGAUGGGGAGGGUGAUGAAAGGCCAUUCACCCAAGCUGGUGUACGUAUAGAUGAUCAGGCUCAAGAGCAAGAGUUGGCCUCCAGCCCGCCUCUGCUUGAGUUGACAACCCCUGAGCCAGGAGUUUACAGUGGAAUGUGCCUUCAACUUAAUUUCACAGCCUCUUGGGGCGACAUGCAUUACCUAGGGCUGACAGGACUUGAAGUGGUAGGAAAAGACGGUCAGUCUUUGCCAAUUACAUUGGAUAAGAUGUCUGCCUCACCCAGUGAUUUAAAUGACCUUCCUGAAUACACUGAUGAUUCCAGGACCUUAGAUAAGUUAAUAGAUGGGACUAACAUCACAGUGGAAGAUGAGCACAUGUGGCUGAUCCCUUUCUCUCCUGGGGAGGAUCACCUGAUCACAAUCUAUUUUGAUAAAGCUGAAAACAUUGUGGGGCUGCGCUUUUGGAACUAUAAUAAAUCUCCCGAGGACACCUAUCGAGGGGUCAAAGUGGUACAUGUGCUGCUGGAUGGCCAGCGUGUCUCCCCACCAUCGGGCUUCCUCAUCCGCAAAGGGCCCGGCCACUGUCACUUUGAUUUUGCUCAAGAAAUUCUCUUCAUUGACUAUUUGCAGCCCCAGACAGCGACAAGACCAUUACAGAGGACCAACUUAAAGAAUACAGAGCAGGCCAGCAUGGACUAUGAAGCCCCAUUGAUGCCAUGUGGCUUCAUCUUCCAGUUUCAACUUCUCACCAGCUGGGGAGAUCCAUAUUACAUUGGCCUGAAUGGACUGGAGCUAUAUAAUGAACACGGAGAAAGAAUUCCUUUGACUGGAAACAACAUUGCUGCUUUCCCAGACAGUGUGAAUACCCUAGAGGGGGUAUGUGGAGAUGUCCGAACUCCAGACAAGCUCAUUGACCAAGUGAAUGACACCAGUGAUGGCAGACACAUGUGGCUGGCCCCAAUUCUCCCUGGCUUGGUGAAUCGAGUUUAUGUGAUCUUUGAUCUGCCUACCACUGUGUCUAUGAUCAAAUUGUGGAAUUAUGCAAAAACUCCCCAUCGAGGAGUAAAGGAAUUCGGACUUCUUGUUGACGACUUGUUAGUGUACAAUGGAAUCCUGGACAUGGUCAGCCAUGUGGUGCAUGGCAUCCUGCCCACCUGUGAUCCCAUAGUCCCCUAUCACACCAUUCUCUUUACGGAGGACGAGGAGAUCUGCCAUCGAGAGAAGUACACCAUUAUCAGUAAUCAUGUUGAGGAUCAGGAUGUCCGGAUGAUGAAUGAAAAUCAAAUUGUUACCAACUCCAAAAAGAAACAGACGACUGCUGACCCAGCUUUGCGCCCCAAGACCUGCAUAAGCGAGAAAGAAGCAGUGAGGAGGAGAAGGUACUGACGGCUUGAGGAGUGAAAACAGUGUGAUCUAGCCAACCUUUUGCUUUGACACCCCAGGACUUCCCCCAGCAGAGAUCCUUCCACUCACAGGCCAGGGGAAGGUUUAUUGAUGGAUGUUAAAUUCAGGUCAAGUGUUGCCCUCCCUUUGCAUUUGGGUCUGGUACUUUGCCAACUGGAAAUCCAGGAGAGAUGUGAACUGAGUUCCAGUUAAUAUCACCAAUCAAGAGGGGGCUGGGAUAACAGUCAGCAUGGAUUGGAGUCUGUUUGGGGUUGGGGGAGAAGAGAUUCAGAGGUUAAAUUGCUUGGAAAAAUAAAAUACAAGCAUUGCUGUAUACAAACCUG